AUGUCAUUUGCAACGGAUACCAAGGAAAAACCGACCGACGAUCGAUUUGAGAGGAAAAUGGUCACUAUUGCUCCGUCAGCUCCGACCCAAAAAAGGCCUAUCCGGAAACCCACUGAAUCAGUCAAGACCGCCCUCCGGGAGUUGCAACAGGGUGAUUUGGUGCAACUACUCAACGAUGUCCAAGAAGAAAUAAUAACGCUGGUCAACUCCAAGAACGGGGUGGACCCGAGCUCUGUCGCGACCUAUUUCCAUUCUCCAUCACCGUUCACUUUCUCCUUCUACCACUAUCCAGAGCCAGGUGCAAUUCUUUUGAUUUGGACGCAAUGGGAAGGGGCGGUGUCGGUCAGAAACAUCUCACUGCAAAGGAAUGUGCUGCUUGACAUGAUCGCCAUCGCGGAGGGAGAGGGCAUCAAGAUCACGCAGAUGAUGAAAGUUCAAGGAGCCGAUCAGAUUAAGGCAGAUCGCUUGAAGGAGGAGGCUUUCUCCGCCAAAUGA